AAACUAAAAAAAUGAAUGAGAAGCCUCUUCCUUAAGACAUCAGAAUCAGCAUCUCUUCUUCUUCCAACUUCUCUGGUGGCGGCUAGGGUUUUCUUCAACCAUCACUCACUCAGCUCUCGCUUCUUCACUCUCCGUUCCUCCGCUUCUUCAUUUUCAGCCUUCGCCAUGCCAGGCGUCGAUCCUCAACAGCUCGAGUGGCCGGCCACUAAAGUCCGCGACACCUUCAUCAAAUUCUUCGAAGACAAGAAUCACGUUUACUGGAAAUCCAGCCCCGUCGUGCCUCUCAGUGAUCCAACUCUCUUGUUCGCUAAUGCCGGCAUGAACCAGUACAAGCCGAUUUUUCUUGGGACGGCGGAUCCGAACACUCAAUUGAGUAAGCUAACACGUGCGUGUAACACACAGAAGUGUAUUCGCGCGGGUGGGAAGCACAAUGAUUUGGAUGAUGUAGGGAAGGAUACUUACCAUCAUACUUUCUUUGAAAUGUUGGGAAACUGGUCAUUUGGUGACUAUUUUAAGCAAGAAGCUAUUGAAUGGGCUUGGGAGCUUCUUACAAAAGUUUAUAGGCUACCUAGUGAUCGAAUUUAUGCUACUUAUUUUGGUGGAGAUGAGAGCGCGGGUCUUGUGCCUGAUACUGAAGCUAGACAGAUUUGGCUCAAGUUUCUACCUCCUAGUCGUGUUCUGCCUUUUGGUUGUAAGGAUAAUUUUUGGGAGAUGGGUGAUACUGGUCCUUGUGGGCCUUGCACUGAAAUUCACUUUGAUAGAAUUGGUAACCGCGAUGCUGCAUCAUUGGUUAAUAAUGACGAUCCUACAUGCAUCGAGAUAUGGAACCUUGUCUUUAUUCAGUUCAACAGAGAAAGUGAUGGCUCCUUAAAACCUUUGCCUGCUAAGCAUGUUGACACUGGAAUGGGUUUUGAAAGAUUGACAUCCAUACUUCAGAACAAGAUGAGCAACUAUGAUACUGAUGUAUUCUUGCCCAUCUUUGAUGCUAUUCAACAAGCAACAGGUGCUCGUCCAUAUUCAGGAAAAGUUGGAGCAGAUGAUGUAGACAAGGUUGAUAUGGCAUAUAGGGUUGUAGCUGAUCAUAUUAGAACUCUCUCAUUUGCUAUUGCUGAUGGUUCUUGUCCAGGCAAUGAGGGUCGUGAAUAUGUUCUAAGGCGUAUUCUUCGUCGAGCUGUUCGAUAUGGAACUGAGGUUCUAAAAGCUCAAGAAGGAUUUUUCAAUGGGCUUGUUAAUGUUGUCGUAAGAGUGAUGGGUGAUGUUUUUCCAGAACUGAAGCAACAUGAAGCUCACAUUAGGGAUAUCAUUGCUGCAGAAGAAGCUAGUUUUGGCAAGACUUUGCUUAAAGGAAUUGAAAAAUUUAAGAAGGCUGCUCAGGAUGUUCAGGGGAAAGUUUUGAGUGGGCAGGAUGCAUUUAUCUUGUGGGACACAUAUGGAUUCCCAUUAGAUCUAACUCAGUUGAUGGCAGAAGAAAGAGGUUUACUGGUUGACAAGGAGGGUUUUGAUAAAGCUAUGGAUGAGGCACGUGAAAGAUCAAGGAGUGCUCAGAAUAAGCAAGCUGGUGGUGCCAUUGUCAUGGAUGCUGAUGCUACCUCUGCAUUGCACAAGAGAGGAGUUUCUGCAACAGAUGAUUCCUUCAAGUUUAUUUGGUUCCAGGACCAUGCAACUGUGAUAAAAGCUAUCUAUACUGGUUCAGAGUUCAUAGAAAGUGCGGCUUGUGGCAAUGAAAUUGGUAUUCUCUUGGAAUCCACAAGUUUCUAUGCUGAGCAAGGUGGUCAGAUUUUUGACACUGGAUCAUUGGAAGGUCCCUUUGGCUCAUUCCAAGUAUGUAAUGUUCAAAUUUUCGGAGGUUUUAUUCUUCAUAUUGGUUCUUUUAGUGGAGAAAGUGGCAGAUUCUCUGUGGGUGAUAAAGUAACAUGCAAGGUUGACUAUGAAAGGAGAACGCUCGUUGCCCCUAAUCAUACUUGCACACAUAUGUUAAACUUUGCUCUUAGGGAAGUACUUGGUGACCAUGUUGAUCAAAAAGGAUCCAUUGUUCUUCCUGAAAAAUUAAGAUUCGACUUUUCUCAUGGCAAGCCAGUUGAUCCUGAAAAAUUGAGAAGAAUUGAGUCAAUUGUGAACGAGCAAAUCAAAGCUGAAUUAGAUGUUUUUGCGAAGGAGGCAACCCUUGCCGAAGCCAAGCGUAUCAACGGUUUGCGAGCUGUUUUUGGAGAGGUCUAUCCUGAUCCUGUUAGAGUUGUGGCAAUUGGUCAAAAGGUUGAGGAUCUUUUAGCUGAUCCAGACAAUCAAGAGUGGUCAUCAAUUUCAUCAGAAUUAUGUGGAGGGACACAUAUAUCAAAUACUCGGGAAGCUAAAGCAUUUGCUCUUCUAUCUGAGGAGGGCAUUGCUAAAGGAAUCCGAAGAAUAACUGCUGUCACAACUGAUGUUGCUUUUAAGGCAAUGGAAUCGGCAUCCUUGCUUGAGCAGGAAGUAAACGAGGCAUCAAAGAUAGAUGGAAGCUUGCUAGAAAAGAAAGUGGCUUCUUUGAAAAGUACUGUAGAUGCAGCAGCAAUUCCAGCAGCCAAGAAAGCUGAUAUCAGGGCCAAGAUUGCCUUGCUUCAGAAUCAAGUGAGAAAGGCACAAAAGAAGAUCGCUGAAGAAAAUAUUCAGAAAGCUGUCAAGGUUGCAACUCAGACGGCUGAAGUUGCUGCUUCAGAUGGGAAAGCAUUCUGCAUCUCUCAUGUUGAGGUUGGCUUGGAUGCAGCUGCGGUUCGUGAAGCUGUUUUGAAAGUCAUUGAGCAGAAGGGAAUAUCGGUUAUGGUCUUCAGUACAGAUGAAACCACAAAUAAGGCUGUGGUAUGUGCGGGUGUACCUGAGAAGUCAGACAAGGCAAAGCAGUUGGAGGUAUCAGAGUGGUUGACAGCAGCGCUGGAGCCUUUGAAAGGGAGGUGUGGUAAAGGAAAAGGUGGUCUUGCUUCUGGCCAGGGAACAGACGCAGCACAAGUGAGCAAGGCCAUGGAUUUGGCGACAGCAUUUGCAUCGAUGAAAUUGAGAUGAUCAUAAGAUUUUCCAGUGUUGUUUCCACAAGAAAUAUGAGAUUGCUGUUAUCAACUUGUGGUUGAUGUACUGAAACACAAUAGGAAACAGCCAAAUAUAAGAAAAUGAUUACGGUUGUUACUGCAACCAGGAAAGUGGCAGUAAUGGUUAAUUUAUAAUGAAAAUGGUUAUGUUCUUGUGCUGUAUUCACCCCUUAUAUAAUCUAUUUAUUAAGAAAGGUUAUGCUCUUAUUCCUUUUUUAAAAGUGUUUUUUUUUUUUU